GAUCUGGUUUUUCCGGGGCCUAGCAAAUUGAUAGGGAGAAAUGGAUUGAUUUCUUCAUUUCAAACUACAUUUCUAGUGCAAAUUGAAUUUGAUCGAACAUCUAUAGACGUGCCCGUAUAAAGUUUUACGACAAUUCAAUGCAAGGUUUUGAUGAUCUUUUGAAUGUGGAUGUGGAAGGGUUGAAGCUGUAGAGGGAAGAGGAAGAUGAACUGCUUUAGUUGUUGUAUGUCACAAGAGAAAAUCAACAGAAGGUCAUUGAAAAAAAGCAUUAAGGAAUACCACGACACCAAAACUUUAGCCUCAUUCACAAAGCUCUCCUUCAAAUCUGGUAAAAUUUUUUUACACCAAAUUAUAAUCUUUGUUAUAAACACAUUUUAUGUUGCAGAUAGCAGUAGGCGACGGUACAUAACUGAAGAGCUACAGAAGAUUGGAAAGGGAAAUAUCUCUGCUAGGAUUUUCACUUUCCGUGAGUUGUGUGUCGCAACUCAAAACUUCCACCUUGACAAUCUACUAGGUGAAGGAGGCUUUGGGAGGGUGUACAAAGGAAUCAUUCCUAGCACGAAUCAAAUUAUUGCAGUUAAGCAACUCGACAGGAAUGGAUUCCAAGGAAACAGAGAAUUUCUUGUAGAGGUUUUGAUGUUGAGUCUUCUUCACCACCCUAACCUUGUCAAUUUGGUUGGAUAUUGUGCUGAUGGGGAACAGAGGAUUUUAGCUUAUGAGUACAUGCCCAAUGGUUCUUUGGAGGAUCACCUUCUUGAGGCACCUCCCGACGCAGAGCCUUUGGAUUGGAAUACCAGAAUGAAAAUUGCUGAAGGUGCAGCAAGAGGGCUUGAAUACUUACAUGAAACAGCUGAUCCUCCAGUGAUAUAUCGUGAUUUCAAAGCAUCAAACAUACUAUUGGAUGAGAACUUCAAUCCGAAACUUUCUGAUUUCGGCCUUGCAAAGCUAGGUCCAACCGGGGAUAAGACCCAUGUCUCUACCAGGGUGAUGGGAACCUAUGGCUACUGUGCACCAGAGUAUGCACUCACAGGCCAGUUAACCACAAAAUCUGACGUGUACAGCUUUGGAGUAGUGUUUUUGGAGAUAAUCACAGGAAGAAGAGUCAUUGACAAUGCAAGACCCUCGGAAGAGCAGAAUCUAGUUUCUUGGGCACAACCACUAUUUAAAGAUAGGAGAAAGUUUACGUUAAUGGCUGACCCGCUGCUUGAAGAUAACUACCCUGUAAAGGGCCUAUACCAAGCUCUGGCAGUGGCAGCCAUGUGUCUCCAAGAGGAAGCUGAUACUCGGCCUUUGAUCAGUGAUGUUGUAACAGCUCUUGAAUUUUUAUCCGUACCCAGGAAUGAAGAGGGUUCUGGGAAGUGCAGUAGCGAUGCUAAUCAACGUAGCAAUGGAGAUGUGCAGUGCGAUAGCUAGAUGAUGGUAUUGAGGGGGGUUGGGAAUAAGAAAAAGGUACCAGUGAGGCUUUUCAACUGUUUCAUGAAAUUUCACCAUGUUGUUCUAAAUUAGUCA